AGAUAGAUUGUUCGUCCUCCUUUCGUGAAGUCGGUUGAAAAAACAGUGUCCUGUCUCAGUACUCACUGGGUUUCUAUACUGUCUUGGGUUGUCAUAGUUUAUUUUUAACAGAGAACACAAAUUAUUUUUGUAGUUACGUAGGCCAAUUCGGAGAAAUAUCAACUUCGUCAUUUGUGUUUUCUGAUGGAUUAAAUAGCAUUUAUUUCUUUGCAAAACUCUUGCCGACAGCGUUGUGUUUAUUAAAAUAAAUUGUACUCAGUAAAGUGUCAGAUAAGGUAAUGUAGAAUAAACAAAAAUGUUAUAUAAAGAAAAUGUAAAUUCGCUGUGGUGAAGUAUUAUGUGAAAUUUAAUUAGGUGGUGUGUGGUGUAGCGAUAGAGAUGGCGAAACAGAUUCAUUUCGAAGAUGCAUUGAACUUAACAGGUUUAGGCAGGUUCAACGUGCUAAUGUUAAUGCUGAAUUCAUGCAUUGUAACUGCAAUGACCUUCGAAUUAUUCUCAGUAUCCUAUCUAGUACCGGCAAGUGCCUGCGAGCUGAACACAACUAUCUCUCAGCAGGGUAUUAUGGCGGGGAUGCCAUUGAUGGGAAUAAUAGCAUCUUCGAACAUAUGGGGUUACUUAGCCGAUACUAGAGGACGACGAAAAAUCCUUAUUUGGUCUUUGAGUACGGGUUUUCUUGCUGGAGGUCUUGCGACGUUCUCUCCUAAUUGGAUUGUUUUGAGUGUCCUAAAAUUUUCUUCAUCAACUGGAUUAUCUGCAAGCUACCCUUUGGCUAUGACGCUGUUGGGAGAAACAACACCCGAAAAGAAAAGAAACAUCUUGCUAUCCUGGCUUAACACUCAGCUUCUGAUGUGCAUUGGUAUUAUGGCAAUUAUAUCGAUUCCUGUACUAAAACUACAAUUCUUCUACCACAUUCCUUUCCUUAAUAUAACUUUCCAAUCUUGGCGUUUACUGAAUUUAAUAUUCGUGUUGCCAUGCGCUAUUGGAGCUAUUGGAUUGAUAUUCUCGUAUGAAAGUCCCAAGUUCCUUCUAAAAGCUGGACAAGAAGACAAAGCUCUUAAGAUACUCAAGGGAAUAUAUACGAUGAAUACUGGAAAAAGUGGCGACCUUUAUGAGGUGGAGUCAGUUUUAUUAGGAGAAUCCACUGCCAAGGAACAAACAAGUUUGUGGUCUUCAUUUACCGCUCAGACGCUGCCAUUGUUUAAGCCACCACUUCUCAAGAGUACAAUUCUCUUAUCUUCUAUGUUCAUCAUUGUUUACCUUGGAUUGCAACCUUUUAUAAUAUGGAUGCCGUACAUAGCGAACGGAUUUGUUCGCUCCCUGAGUACUGACGACGGCACUCGCACGCUCUGUGAUAUGCUGCGGUACUCACAUAAUUUAACCAUGACGGAGAAAUCGGAUUGCAGUUUAAAUGAAAUCGCAAUGACGUCCGUGUUCGUAAACUGCUGUUUCCUCGCCUUACUCAACGGAGUGUUGAGUGUUCUUAUCAAUAUUUUAGGACGAAAACGUUUACUUAUAAUUCUCCAGAUAUGUUCUGGCAUAGCCGGUAUCUGCUUAAACUUCACCCACAAUUACAUACUAAUCGCGUUACUCUUCACUACUUACAUCACCAGUGCUGUCAACUUCGGAUUUCUCGGAACUUUCACCGUUGAUAUCUAUCCCACUUACGUCAAAGCAAUGGCUGUGUGUAUAACUCUAAUGAUGGGCCGGGGUAGUUCAGCUAUUGGAAUCAAUCUGCUGAAAUCGCUCUUAGUUUAUGAUUGUGAACUUGCUUUCUAUAUUUAUGGGAGUCUUACAUUUUUUGGUGGACUGGUUGCAUUUCUACUACCUAGUGAUGAAGAAAUACGGAAUAGAAAACAAAGGAUUAAUGACGAACAGCGUGAAGUCACAGAGAUCGUUAAGACUGCUUCAUAAUAUAAGACUUAAUAGAACAUAUGCUCAAUAUAUCAGUUUUGCCCAAGUUAGCUAACUUUGUACAUGAUGUAUUCUAUACCGAACAAUUUAAGGCUGGGGACCGAGCCAACGGCCUUGAGGAACCGAGCGGAGCUAGGUUCUCUCGCACAAGAUCACUAUAAUUUUAAUUCAGAAUAAGAAGCAUUUUUAAUUUAUUACAAACAUAAAACAAUUUUCUUUACAAAACUAUGUCAUGUUAAAUAUUAUUGGUAAGCAGUUAAUAAUUUUUCAUACAAUUUUUACCUGGAUUGAAUGAUUAACAUGGCUCCAACUGUAAGAGUUAGGUUAUUAUUUUGGUGAUAUUUUUCGCAAUGUCUAUUAAAGAUGGAAAUUAAUGUAUAGGAAAAAUGAAUUUACUUCACAUAUUCUGUAGAUAAUUAUUUUUGUAAAAAUAAAAGCUAUGUAAACCAUCAAGAAAUGGUUUGAAUUAUGCGCUAUUUUGGCGAUUUCUCGGGAUAGCCGCCUUAAGUGUCUUUAUACCUACUCCGAUAAAAUAAAUGAUUUUUAUUUUUAAGUUUA